CCUCCCGUGACGGGGCCACGGAGGAGAACGUUCCAGGCCAGAGGCAGGAAGUCUCGGAAACAAGGUGGCCUGGGGUGAACGGGGCCGGGGCAGGGCUGUCCUUGGCCAGAUGUUCCAGAGCCUCAGCGCGACGGAGGACGUCAGAAGGCUGGAAAGGGGCCUGGGACCCGAGGCUGCAGCCUGCCGGUGCCUCUGAUGUAUCCAACGUGCCCCGACUUCUGACCCUAAUCCGAGAGGUUCCACAGAAGGCCGGUGCCCUGCCAGCUUCUCCUUGGACCCUCCAACAGUAGCUCUGCUGAGGGAGCCGUGGGGACGCAUUUCCCAGGUCCUUUCCUAUGACAUUCCCCGGUAAUCGUGAUUGCGACAGGCACUCCGCCGAGGGUUCCACCGAAUGGUCGCGGCCCCCGGAUGUAGACGCUAGGGAGGAGAAGCCCGAGGCCCAGAGAGGUGUUCCUAGCUGUGCCCUGGGACCGAUUGGCCAAGGACCCCACUGGAGAGCUUUGGACACCCUAACAGUGAACGGUGAGGGACUUUUGCGGUCUGAACAAAUGUCCAGAGGGCACCCGUGGGGGACCCGUGACGAGAGAAUGGGGGACAAGGAUUACAACACCUCCUUCUCCUACGACGAGGAGUACCCGGAUGAUUUUGAACCCAUCGUGGUUUUGGAGGAGUCUUCUCCCCUGGAAGGCAAGGUGACCAGGAUCUUCCUGGUGGCGGUCUACAGCAUUGUCUGCUUCCUCGGGAUCCUGGGCAACGGGCUGGUGAUCGUCAUCGCCACCUUCAAGAUGAAGAAGACGGUGAACACCGUCUGGUUCCUCAACCUGGCCGUGGCGGACUUCCUGUUCAACGUCUUCCUCCCGAUCCACAUUGCCUACACCGCCAUGGACUACCACUGGGUCUUCGGGACGGCCAUGUGCAAGAUCAGCAACUUCCUGCUCAUCCACAACAUGUACACCAGCGUCUUCCUGCUGACCGUCAUCAGCUUCGACCGCUGCAUCUCCGUGCUCCUUCCCGUCUGGUCCCAGAACCACCGCGGCGUGAGGCUGGCCUGCGUGGCCUGCGUGGUUAUCUGGGUCCUGGCUUUCUUCCUGAGCUCUCCGUCCCUCGUCUUCCGGGACACGGCCCACGUGCAUGGGAAAACGUCCUGCUUUAACAACUUCAGCCUGUCCGCGGCCGGCUCCGCCCCGUGGCUCGCUCGCUCCGGGUUGGACCCCACGGGCCUCAGCCGCCACACGGUGGUGACGGUCACCCGCUUCCUCUGUGGCUUCCUGGUCCCCGUGCUCAUCAUCACGGCCUGUUACUUCACCAUCGUCUGCAAGCUUCGACGCAACCGCCUGGCCAAGACCAAGAAACCCUUCAAGAUCAUCGUGACCAUCAUCACCACCUUCUUCCUCUGCUGGUGCCCCUACCACACCCUCUACCUGCUGGAGCUCCGCCACGCCACCGUGCCGGGCUCCGUCUUCAGCCUGGGUUUGCCCCUGGCCACCGCCAUUGCCAUUGCCAACAGCUGCAUGAACCCCAUCCUGUACGUCUUCGUGGGCCAGGACUUCAAGAAGUUCAAGGUGGCCCUCUUCUCCCGCCUGGUUAACGCGCUGAGCGAGGACACGGGCCACUCCUCCUACCCCAGCCACAGGAGCUUUACCAAGAUGUCAUCCAUCAACGAGAAGGAGACCAGCAUGCUCUGAGCCUCAUCCGCGAACCCCCGGUGGACAGGCACUCCGGCCUCGGAGGCCCAGAGCUAUGCCUUCCAAAGACCACCGCAGAAACCCCCUUCAGCACCCACCAACGCCUGCUAGAGUUUACACGGGGCUGACCAGUGCUUUGAGCUGGGAGUCCAGGGCUCGGAACUCCGUCCUUCGAGGGGCGUGGCUGACCGGGCAGGCCAGGGACCGGCAUCCCAUGCUUCUUGGGAGACCUGCCUUGGCCGGCCCAAAGCAAAAAAGGGAGCAUUCUUAAAAGUGCUGCCAUGAACCGGGAUCAGCAUAAGACAGAGGGGUUAAGCUACCUAUUCCGUGCUCCCCUGGAAUCACAAACACGCCACGGGGCGUAUUCCUGGCCUGAGCAGCAGAGGUCAGGGCCAACCCAGUGUGAUGCAAAUCGCCGCCUCGCCCCACAUGCCUGUGUCACUGGCCAGCCAGAAAUCCUGCCGCCCGCCCGCAUCAUUCCUCCGGGUGAGGGCAAGUGGAGACGCACAGGUUACCUGGGAGAGGAAGGUGACACAGGCACUCGCGAACUGCCAGGACCACGCACUUGGCUUUCAGAUCAGGUGGGAAGACAGAGAACAGGUCCUGAGGAGCCCUGUGGGCUCUGUGAGGGCAGGACAUGUGGGGCCUGGGGGAAGGGGUGGAGAGAGUGGUGACCGUGCUCUGAAGAUGCGGGCUGUGGGGACGGCAGGCGCGGAGCCCCUCCUGGCGCGGCCAUGCUGUCUUUUCUCACCUGGGACUGACGCCUCCCUGUGCCACAGCGUCCUUGUCCCAUUUACAGAUGGCAAAGCUGAGGCUCAGGGAGGGUGGGGAGUAACUCGCCCACUGACACACAGCCGGCAAGAGGCAGAGGUGAGAUGUGAAGCCAGCUCUGUCUGGCUCCGGAAGCUCUGUCUUGUUGUUUGUUUUCAAUGGCUAAUGUAUCUAUUGAGAAUAUUCUAGACUAUAACGGUAGCCUACAUUUAUUUAGUGCUCCCUAUGCUAAACUUAUUCCUCCCAGCAGCCUUGACUUCCCAGUUAUUACUUCCCUUUUGCAUAUGAGGUAUCUGAAGCUCAGAGAGGUUAAGUAACUUCCCUGAGGGCGUCCAGCUGGUCCCUGCCAGAGCCAGCAUUGGAAACUAGGUCUCUCUGACUCAAGGCCGCAGGAUCAGGGUUUUGAGAGAGGCUUGGGGUUUUGACCACAAAUAUUGAUUCUUCAGCAGAUUAAUCUAAACAUUUCCUUGGCCUAUACACCAGCUUUGCAAAUAGUUUUUGAAAAUGACCCAACAUGGCAGAGAAAAUACUCUUGGCCUCCAGUUCCCUCGACAUCCAUCCACACGCGCCCGCCGUGGUUCCCAGCUCCUGCGCCCCCUGAGACCUCCGGGAAGGCAGUGGGGAGAGAGAGGAUGGGCAGGAGGUAGUCGUCGGUGGGCCGGGGGCCCUUGGCCUCCCAGUGUCCACGCUCUCUUCCAAACGCCAUCAUCGUGAAGCCAAUCCUCCGACAAGAUGCAAUGAACAGAUGUAAUGUCUACACGGCGUUGGGCAAGUUCCCGAGGCCCCGGGCUGUUUGGAAAUCACACCUCAUUAAGAGACAGACUGUUCCUUCCCUUCUUGGGUCAUUGUGCUUAUGAUGAGGCAGCUCUGACGUGACCCUAAGCCAGGGCGCCCAAUGGCUUCAAGAAAUCUGAACUUGGACCGCCUGGGAGCAAACACAGGGAACUUUAAAUAUCGCCCCGUGCCCCUCGUCAUCCCCCAGCCCCCCGCCCCAACUUCACAAGUGAAGCAACGAGAUGGCAUGGGACGUCUUCCAGACCCCAGAGACGGUCACCAGCCACGCAGGCUCUGACCCCCAGGUGAUACUUGUUCAGGCGGGUCCCUCACUCCUCCUGGGCCGCGCGACAAGCCAGGAAACCAGCUGGAUGAGCUGGAAAAGCUGAUGAGCGGGAGUAGAAUUCAAACCAGCUGUUUUCCUCCUUAGGGUUAGGCCUCUUUCUGGCUGCCCCACCAGUUGUUCCCCAUUAAACACUUAAAUGCAA